CCGGGCCCGUGCAAGCGCGCCAGACGGACAGGCCGAGCAGCAGAAUGGCGGAGCUGUACAGCAAGGCAGAGACCCUGGAGCUGCGCAGGAAGCACAUCGGGCCAUCGUGCAAAGUUUUCUUUGCUAAGGACCCCAUUAAAAUUGUGCGUGCGCAUGGGCAGUAUAUGUUUGAUGAGAAUGGAGAGAAAUACUUGGACUGCAUUAACAACGUGGCACAUGUUGGGCACAGCCAUCCACAGGUGAUCAAGGCAGCAGUGAAGCAGAUGGAAUUGCUCAACACCAAUUCUCGAUUCCUGCAUGACAAUCUAGUCCAGUAUGCCCAGCGUCUCACAGCUACCUUGCCAGAAGAGCUGUCUGUCUGCUACUUUGUGAACUCUGGGUCUGAAGCAAAUGACCUUGCUUUGCGCCUGGCUCGGCAGUAUACCGGCCACCAAGAUGUGAUUACUCUUGACCAUGCUUAUCAUGGCCAUGUUACUUCCUUGAUUGACAUCAGUCCAUAUAAAUUUAAUCAGCUGGGGAAAGAGGGCAAAAAAGAGUAUGUACACGUGGCUCCUUCUCCAGAUAUCUACAGAGGAAAGUACAGGGAAGACCAUCUGCAUCCCGGAAAUGCUUAUGCUGAUGAUGUGAAAAAGAUUAUUGAAGUGGCUCAGAAGAAUGGCCGCAAGAUUGCUGCCUUUAUUGCUGAGUCCAUGCAGAGUUGCGGAGGCCAAGUAAUUCCACCUGCAGGCUACUUCCAGAAAGUGGCAGAAACUGUCCACAAAGCAGGUGGUGUGUUCAUAGCUGAUGAAGUCCAGGUUGGUUUUGGUCGUGUUGGGAAACAUUUCUGGGGAUUCCAGCUACAAGGUGAAGACUUUGUGCCUGACAUUGUCACCAUGGGAAAGCCAAUUGGCAAUGGCCAUCCAAUGUCUUGUGUCGUUACAACAAGACCGAUUGCUGAAGCCUUUGGUGCCUCUGGAUUGGAAUACUUCAACACUUUUGGAGGUAAUCCAGUGUCCUGUGCAAUUGGUCUGGCUGUACUAGAUGUAAUAGAAAAAGAGGAUCUCCAAAGAAAUGCCACACACGUUGGAAAUUACCUCACAGGGCUACUGAAGGAGCAAAAGGAAAAACAUCCGCUGGUGGGAGACGUCAGAGGAGUUGGCUUGUUUGUUGGAGUGGAUCUAGUGAAGGAUCGGCAGAAGAGAACACCUGCUACUGCUGAGGCUCAGCAUAUCCUCUACCAGCUGAAAGAACGGAAGAUUCUUUUGAGUGCAGAUGGGCCUUACAGAAACAUCUUGAAAUUUAAGCCACCCAUGUGCUUCUCUAAGGAAGACGCAAAGUUUGUAGUUGACCAAAUUGAUGAGCUCCUCACAGAUCUGGAAGAAGCAACAGGACUCAGGACGAGAAACGGAUUAUCUACAAAUGUGCAAUACAAAAGAAAAGUGCCUACUGAAGGGAGCUCCCAACUGGACUGUCUCAGUGAGAGUAUCAACCACAUCAGUGGAAGUGCCUGCAGGCAAGAAAAUGGGUUUUGUGCUGAAAGCCAUACAGUGCCUUGCAAAAGGAUCAGAACAUAAAGUGUGGAGGUUUUUAAAAAUAGAAAUAGCAAUAUAUAGUUGGGGAUGUUUCAAGGAUGAAUGGAAGCCUGCAGUAUUUCUUUCCAUGUGUCUUACGCACAUCUGCUUGAUUAUUUAGGGCUUGAAUAUUCUGACAAGCCUCUUGCACACCCCAGUGCAGGUAGUGAGAGCCCCACGUAGAAGCAUACUUGUAUGGGCAUAUUUCUUGCUGAAACAUAGAAUGAGGACAUACUCGAAUGCUCAUCCAAACACACAUUGGAAUGUGAAUCACUAGGAAGGGAGGAUUCCAUUUAUCUGUACUGCAUGGCACCCAAUUGGAUGUACAUUCAAAUACCGAUUCGUUCUCAGGACAGAAUCAGGGUACUGGCUUGCAGUCCUACAGACAGAAAGGAUGGCAACAUUAAGCCCAAUGUUCCAUGUAAUAGGAUAUUUAUAUACAACUUUCACUUUCAGAUUUGACACACACUUUGUGUUGUGUAUUGACCUGAUUAUAUUAAUGUAUAUGUAUAUAUAUAGACUUAAUUGUAUUUGACAAUUGUAUUUGACAUCUGAUAGACAAAGAUGUAUGAUUUAAAUUUUGGGUAUGAUGCACAGCAGCUGUUGUAUAAAUAUUAUUUAAUUCUUUGCCUGAGAUGCCUAAAAGAGAUUUUAACUGAUGUGUCAUCCUCAGUUUUGAACUUCAAUAUACAAUAUUGAAAUAUUAGUUAUUUCCCAUGUUUUAAUGGCUUAUUUUAUUAUAUUAUUAAACAAUAUUAUGACAUUAUUAAAAAUUUGUGCCACUCGUGAAAUAAAAAAAUAAUGUAUUAGUAAAAAAAAUCUGAAUAAUAUUCCAAAUUCCUAAGUUCAGAACUAAAAAAUUAUUAGCCUUCAGUGCAGCAGGUUGCACAUGUUUCAGCCAGGUCUCUUUUUUUAAAAAAAAGGAGUUGCUGCAAUCCCACCCAUCAGCUUUGUAGCCAGAUAGGGAAAUGAAUCCAGUUCAUCACGUAUUCUUUCACAAUAGGAAGCCCGUCAACUGCUUUGGCUUCUAUUCUGGGAAGGGCUGCACACAAGCAUCCUUUCUGCUUGGAUUGGACUGUGGCCCACUUGAUACCAUCUGCAUGUGUGAUGUUCCCCGGUUUUCAGAUCAGUGUUUCCCACACACAUAUCUAGCCACCUAACUGGAUGUUUCAUUUUGUAUUAUUAAUUGUAUAAUAUGACUGGGCAGGUUAUUAAUUGUAUAUUGUGACAAUAAUAUUUAGACCAUAUGGCUUCUAAUUUUAUAUGUUUGGGAAUUACUUUAAUGGUAUAUGCCUUCUUUAUGGAUUUUGAUAGCGUUCAAGUUAAAGUUUUCCAUUGACUAGUAGACUUGUUUAUUCCAAAGAAUAAAGGCUAUUUUAACCCGA